CUUGACAUGUGGGUAACAGAUGACUGUCAAGUGUCAAAUUUAGUUGGCAGUUGGUAUUGGUACGGAAUUUUUAUGAAUUUUUCCCGAAUAUUUGGAAAAAUGGGUAAAUUUUAUGAAUUGAAGCCAAUAAAAUUAGGAUGUGAAGUUAGAGGCGUAGACCUGAAGACAGAAAACAGGCAAGAGGUUAUCGAUGAGAUAAAGAAAGAUGUUGCAGAACAUAGAAUAUUAAUAUUCAAAGAUCAAGGAGUGAUUUCUGGUCAGAGGCAUGUGGAGAUAAGCAGGUGGUUUGGAGAGCUGGAGUCAACAUUCUAUAAGCAUCCAAAAUCCCCACAUCCAGAUGUUUUCAGAGUUUCCAAUGUAGCCAAUGAAGGCUGUGUAGGGGUUGGUCGAACUGGCUGGCACAUUGAUGGUUCUUUCCAGCCAGCUCCAUUUGCCUAUUCUUUAUACCAUAUAGUGUCAGUGCCAAAGAAAGGCAACACAGUCUUUGCACCUUUGACAGAACUGAUUGAAGGCCUUAGUACUGAAAAGAGAGCAGAGUGGGAGAGAUUGUGGAUGGUCAGUGACAGACGCAGUGGUCCAAUACAUCCUCUUAUCUGCACUCAUCCAGUCACCAAGAAGAAGGUUCUUUGUUUUCAUCUUGGUAUGACAAAUAAUUAUCUGUGGGACAAAGGAACCCCUAAUGAGCGUUUUGCUACAGAGGAAGAAUUUGAUCGCAUUACGAGAGACAUACAUAACGAAUUUGUUCGGGAUGGUGGAAAAAUACAAUAUUCUCACAAGUGGGAGGCAGGAGAUUUCAUCAUUUCUGACAAUCUUGCUGUUGGUCAUGAAGCCAGCCCCGAAACACAGCUUCCACACAGCGAAGUUGGACUACGUGUCAUGCAUCGUACAACUGUCAAAGGAACGACACCUCCACAAAAGUGAACAGCUUUAUUUAUGAUACAUUCUAGAAAUUAUCUUAAAGAUUCACUGUGAUGUUUUAAAGUUGCUAGUAAAUGAAGAAAGAUUUUUAUUGUUUUAGAAGUUGCUCUCUGUCAGUGAGUUAAAUGCGGUAUAUACAUAGCGACUAUAAAGAUCAUCAAUAUCUUUCUAGACUUUGUGAAAAUUAUAAUUAAUACUUUUAUGCUUUCAUAGCUGGUUUUGUUAAUUUGCAAUGUUAAUUUAGCUUUACAAUAAUGUAGAAAUAGCAGUGCUGACUGCAUCUGUUGUAAAUUCUGUUACUAUAAAUGACCCUAAUGUAUAAGUGAAACAAAAAGUCUUGUACAGAAGCCUCUUCAACACAGUUUUAUAGACUAUUGUAUGAGUGUAACGGUGCCAAAACCUGGGGGCAGGGGGGGGGGGGGGGGGGGUGUCAUGCCAACCCCUACCUCCAACCCACAGCUCUCAGGCGAAGCAGGAAAAUACAGUCUAGUUUGGUGUUCUUCUUUCAAGAAAAUGAUGUAACAGUCAGUAUAAUGUAGCUUUCCAAUAGGAUCUAAUGAUGUAAAAGCCAGUAUAACAUAGCUUUUCAAUACGAUCAUAACUAGAUCUUUUUUAUGGCAAA